AUGGACGACGAGCUUCCCAUGCCCACACCGACUGUCCCAGUCAAGCCACUCACCAGCUUCAAGUCGUUGUCCUUUGACAUUUAUGAGACCCUCAUUCAAUGGGAGAACUCCAUCGUUGAACACCUCAAACCCCUGAUCAGUCGAUACGAGCAUGCCAGCACAGAUCAACGUGUCCAAGACGACAUGGCAGAGCUCUUCGCAAAGCACGAGAAGAACCUCCAGGCUGAAUCUCCGAGCAUGAAGUACAACGAAAUCCUCGCAAAAGCAUAUAUGCGGGUAGCUGUCGAUAUCGGCGCCCCAAAGCACGACGCCGAGAUCGAGCGUCAAGCGAAAGCAUUCGGCGACAGUGUCGGCGACUGGCCCGCCUUCCCAGACACCGUAGACGCCAUGAACCGUCUGAGCAAGCACUACAAACUGAUCGCCUUGUCGAACGUCGAUCGAGAUUCCUUUGCUCGGACAAAUGCCGGACCUUUGAAAGGCUUGAGAUUCUGGCGUGUCUUCACCGCCGAGGAUAUCGGCAGCUACAAGCCCGAUCCGAGGAACUUCGAGUAUCUUUUCAAGCACCUCGAUGAAGACGACAAGGAGGAAGGCGGGCCUGGUAUCACCAAAGACGAGAACUUACAUGUUGCGCAGAGUUUGUUUCAUGAUCACAAACCAGCGAAGAAGCUGGGUACGAGUAGUGUUUGGAUCAAUCGGAAAGGUGCGGGGACGGGGAGGGUCGAUUUCAAGGAGGCGCAUGAUAAGGGCGAGUUUGGGUAUGGGUGGCGUUUUCAUACCCUGGGAGAGUUCGCUGAUGAGGUCGAAAGGCAGUGGACGGCGAGGGACCUGUAG